GGCAACCUACUAAAAUAAGGACGGGAGGAAGGGGAUAGGAACAAACGAGAAGAAAGAAAGAAAAAAACGGUUGUUUUUUACACAUGGAGAACAAAUGAGCACCAUGGCCAGGAGCCAGAUUCCACACUAUUGCUCAGCAUCAUUGAGGAUUUUGGUUCUUGAAGCGUGAUUUGGCUCAACUGCAAACUUUUUCAGCCGUGUGUGUAUGUGUGAGUCAGGAUGGUUGCGUCGACUCUUGUACCUUUUGGCCCGUAGCAGUGAAGAAGGCUGCGAAUCCCGAAUGCCUCGGAUCCAAAACCAUGGGCAUUGCACUGUCCAGGUCUGAUAAAUGCCGUAUUGUCUCCUCCACUGGGCUUCGGAGCUCUGUGCCGGGAGAAAACAGCGCCUCCUGUCCAGAGAUGAAUGGCAUUGUCAAACCUUCUCGCAAUGACAUCAUUCAAGGCACUCGGACUAACAACGAAGAGGAGCUGUUGGUUCCUGCCCUUCCAGAAAAAGCUGAUAUACAGAGAGGCUACGUGACUCCACAGCAGGUAUAUAACUUGUUAAACGCUGAAGCCGGUGAACCAGCACUCCAUGACCCAUACUAUAUCCUCAUUCUGGACUGUCGCUCUGCAGACAGGUAUAAGCAAAGUCACCUGGUUACGGCACGUGCAAGUGUGACCGUAAUUCACCCAGAUCUUGGUUGUUUGAUAAGCUGCGUCCAGCUACAGGAGUUUUCCAUCAUUCUGCUUUAUGCAGAGGAAGGACACAGCCCAGUAGGCAGCCAAGAGGCACGUGCUGACAACCCCACCCUACAGCACUGCUUCUUCCAGCUGAGUGCCCUUGGCAUGGACCCUGUCAUCUUGCUGGGUGGCUACUCGGCCUUCCACUCACUCUACCCCUUCCUGUGUACACCUCGGAUGGUCCUGCUUGAAUCUGAGCGCCGCCUUCUCACCAUCUAUCCCUCUGAGAUCCUGGAAGGGGCACUGUACCAAGGUUCUGCCUCGCAAGCGCAGGACUACCGCAUCAUCAAGAACCUGCAUAUCACACAUGUGGUCAAUGCCACCGCUGAGAUCUCAGAUGCCUUCCCCAAUGUCCUGAGGUACCUGCGACUCCGGCUCAGUGAUGAUGCCCAACAGGACCUUCGCCAGGCACUUCCAGAAGCUUCCCGUUUCAUAGCAGCAGCCCUGAGGGGUUCACCGGGUUCACCUGGAGGGCGUGUGCUAGUGCACUGCAGCCUGGGACGGAGCCGCAGUUCGGUGUUGACACUGGGCUUCCUGAUGGAACAGCGCCGCUGGUCUUUACUUCACGCUUUCCGUUGGCUCAAAGAGAGGCGCACUUGUGCGGCUCCAAAUGCUGGGUUCCUUCGUCAACUCUCAGAAUAUGAGGAGCAAUUGUUUGGGAGGCGCCUAACCUCGCUUGAUGACAUUCGGCUCUGAACAAGUGAGAGGGUCAUUAGGAACAAUUUUUGGAAGAAAAUGCCACAGAUUUUGGAAGACUCUGCAGAUUCAUAUUCAAGAAUCAUAUUCAAGAUUCCAGAAAUUCAUAGAAUAAGGAAAGUUACAGAACAGAUUGCUGAUUACAUCAAGUGUAUAGUGUCAUGGAGAUCUAACUUCUUGCAGAAUUUAGUCUUCUGACCUUGAUUGGCUGGCUCAAAUGUGUUUGAGGAAAAAAGGAGUAAAAAUGAAAUAUUGUUAAAAUGAUCAUAGAUUGCCAUUUAUUGUUGGAGAGGACAAGAACAAACUUUGCUUGAGUACCAGGUGACUGGCUAAAUGUUACACAGAGGUGAAAUGUCACAAAUUAGACACAAGUUAUAUGUACCUUUUGAACCCAAUCAGCAUUUGGUUCUCUUUCUCAAUCCAAAACUCUUGGUCCCAACAUCUGAAUUAUCAAGAGGAAUGUGAUUACGGUAUUUUGCAAUCCAGGGCAGUGGUGGAACAAUGGUUAGGACUCUGGCCUACUGAUCAUAACGAUGUGAGUUUGAAUCUCUGUCCCGCCAAACUGCCACUGUUGGCCUGCCAUCUGCUCAGCUUGAUUAUGAGUUUCUUUGGAUAAAAGUGUCUGCUAAAGGAAUAAAUGCAAUUGGUGUAUAAUAUAGCUUCUGGCAGGGUAAUUCAAAGAGUAAAGCUGGUGAUAUAUGGAAUAGAGGAAUUGUAUAGACUAGACCAGGGGUUGUUGGUGUCUGCAGGUUAUUGUUCCAACCAAGCAAGAGCCACACCUGAUUCCACCUACACCAUUGAAUCCCAGUCUGUUCAAUAAGUUCCAGUGUGGGAUCUUCAUCUGUACCAAAUCUGACUUAGCUGAUCAAGCACUAGAGUAGGAUAUUUAACCUUGAGUCCUGAGAAACAUUCACUCUCCUUCACAACUUCAGUAUUUUCCCUGCUCUCAACACACCUGGUCUGGCUUAUUAUGUUAGGUUUAGAGCACAGAAAACAUAGACAGAAGAGGCUUUAUAAGACUGGUAGUUAAAAUCCAGGCCCUAGACCAGUGGUUCUCAAAGUGGGGUCUGGGGACCCCCAGGGGUCCUUGAAACAUAGCCAGGGGGUCCAUGACUUUCUUUAAAAAAAAAAAAAUGUUACAGUGGUGGAAACCACAAUGUCACAUUAUCAAAGUUAUUAUAUUUAGGGGUCCAAACACCAAAGUCAGCUCAGAGCUAAUGUGUUCUGUUAGUGGAAAUUUCAAGAAUAGAAAGUUCUAUGGCUCCAAAAAAUAUCAUUUAAAAAUGUUUAAUAAUUUUCACGAAAUAAGUCUAUGCUGAGGGGGUCUGUGGAAUUUAUUUUACAGUUAAAGUGAUCCCUGGCUACAAAAAGUUUGAGAACCAUUGCUCUAGACCAUCUUCCAGAACAAGAUUAGACAAGUAAAACAUUACAGCUAUACUAAUAACAAUUGAUAACUUGGCUAGGAAUGUUAUUGGAAAGAUCAGGAAAGUCAAUUCAGAACAGAUUGGAUAAAACAUUCAUUCCUGCUACACUAUUUUUGAUGUACUAGUAACAAAAUCACACCCUCGUGAGGUGUUAAUAUUUGCUAAGGGAUCUUGCUCAUUUAUUUGUUUUUUUCCCUGGAAGACAACGAAAAUGUGACAAACUGAAUAUUGAGGAAUUAGUAGAUAGUUGGGGUGAGGAACUACAUAGUUGGGUUUGAAAUAUUGUAUAUUUAGGCUAGUGAAAAAAAUCUUUGUUAUUUUUGUAUUAUUAUUUUUGAAAAUAGUGUUAGUGUUUGCGUUCUGUAUUUCUAGUUGCCAAAAUACACCAAAGAACAAAACCUCUGACAUGAAAUCUGCAAAGCAUCCUAGCUAACUUUCCCCUAAUUUAGUGAUUGAGUAAUUUACUAAAACUAAAUCAUUUUUAGCAUAUUAGCAUGUGUUAGUUAUUAAAAUACUAAAACUGCUAUACAUUAUUAAUAUUAUAUAAAUAAUGUGGUCUAAAUUACAGAUUCUCAUACUCUACAGAAUUUUACACUCAAUUAUCUAUGGAUUCUACAGUGAACAUGUUCUUGCAUAAAUAUUUUAUACUGAUUUAUUGUCACCACUUGGUUGUAAAGAAUGAU